CACAGAGCGCAGGCAGAGCGAGCCAGUCGCCGGUGCAAACUGUUGCAGGAUACUUACAUUAUUAGAAUGGCUCGACCAACCCACUUGGUGCUGCUCCUGGUCACGCUGGGCGUGGUGCAUACUUCCCAGGGUCACGCCCGCUCCUUCACCAGGUGUCAGCUGUCCAGAGAACUGCUGCGGUACAACUUCCCAAGGAGUAUGAUACCUAACUGGGUGUGCCUGAUCGAGCACGCGAGUGGCAGAACCACAGACAAAGUGACGAACCACAACAACUCGUACACCAGCUACGGACUCUUCCAGCAGGUGUCAGUUGCUGCCAAUCUUCCUGAUAUCGUUGCUUUAUGGCCUCUCGUGACACCCUCAGGCACAAAGAAGAUAAACAACAAGGAUUGGUGCAAGAAGGGACGGAAGGGUGGACAUUGCAAUAUUAAAUGUGAAGAUCUCCUGAACGAAGACUUGGCGGAUGACGUGCGAUGUGCGAAGCGUAUCUACGACCGUGUUGGGUUCAAAGCCUGGCCGACCUCUUUCUCUUAUUGCAAAGAGAACAGUCUGCCUGAUUUGUCUAGAUGUUAAGUUUAUGACAUAGGACCAAUGGUCAAGUGCCACGUCAUCCAUUUUGGUCCUUUUGGACGCCACACGAUCCAUUUUGGUCCUUUUGCAGAAAUUGAAAUUUGUUAAUGCUUUGAAAAUGUCUUCAGGAUGUCAAGUCAAAAUGUUUAGUUAUUGAUAUAACAAUCUUGAUUAUUGAUUUAUAAUAAUUGGCACUUGUCCCAAUACCUUGGUCCUUUUACCCGCGUGUUCUAUAGGUAGAAUUAAGAUUUUAGAUUAAGGUUUUUUUAUUUGAAUUUCUUAGUAAUUUAGUUUUCUUGAAUGUUGAACGCUAAUUAUGAAUGUGGACCUAUUUAUAUUAUUAUUUUAUGUAUUUUAUUUAGAUGCCUGAAACUAAUUGUAAGAUAUUUUUAUUAAAGCGUUGGAAAUAUGAAAGAAAUGGGACAGAGAUUGAAAUUAUUUUCUACAAAUGAGGAUAAACUAUAAUAUUAAUUUUGUUAUUAAUAUUGUGUUCAAAAAUUUAUGUAUAUGUAAUGAAUUUAUUUUUCUUAAUCACUUUUAAGAUUCGUAGCAAUUGGUUU